AUGGAGGAUCUGAGCUACCUUUCCAGACCGAAUCCCUCCCAAAUUAGAUACAAAUCAAUAAUUGAUGUGUUGAGAGAAAAAACAGAUGUGGAUCCUGAAAAAGAAAUAUUUGUUGAACGAUCUGCUGGUGGUGGAAGAAGGUCCCUGACGUAUGCUGAGCUUAUGAACAGAUCCACAAAUAUCGCUAAAUAUCUUAUCGCUAAAGGGAUUAGACCCGAAGACAGCAUAGCAAUCAUUGGACCGAACUCCAUAGAGUGGAUUAUUGGCGAGUUUGCGAUCUUUAUGACUGGAGCUAUCGCAGUUCAUUUCUAUGAAACGUCAGAGUCAUUCUCUGAGACGCUGAAGAUACUAACUUCAACAAAAAGUAAAGCUGUUCUACUUGACCCGGAAUCAGACCAAAACUAUUUAUUAGACAUCGAAGCUUACCUGAUCAACGAUAUAUCCUCGCAAGACAAACCGAUCGUUUUGUUGCUCAGAAAAUCAACACCGUCUUAUCUGCCAUCGUUAGCUGAUGUUAUGCUGACAGCUGACGAGGAAGCCGUUCUCCUUCCAAGGAUAAAACCAGACAGUAUCGCCUUGAUUUUUACAACGUCGGGCUCCACGGGAGUACCAAAAAUGGUAGAAAUGGAUCACGUGUCAUUUGUCAAUGCUUCAUACAUGGCCUGUCUUGGUUCAAUGAGCGACCGUCCGAUUGACAACUGCUACAACGAUCGGCCUUUUGCUUGGAUGGGGGGUUCCCCGAUAUUCAGCAUUUUGAAUGGCAAUAAACGGGUUUUUGUUGACAACACAAUUAGCAUAAAGAAAGAAAAUAUUUUGAUGAUUUGGAAUAUCAUCAUGGUCGAGCAUUGUAGCAGUGCCUUUUUCCUGCCUUAUGCUGUCCUCGAUAUUCUUGCAAAUAUCGAAGCUAUCACUUCUUGUGGCUAUAAAAUGUACGCCAUCUGCACUGGUGGCCAGCAUAUCAGCAGGAAUCUCACUCAAUUAUGUGAUAAAUGUACAGAGAAGAUGUUCAUGAUCUAUGGAUCCACCGAAGUUGGAGCUAUAUGCUCUACGCAGAUCACGCCUGAAAUGGAGGAAGGUAAUGUUGGGUCACUGUUUCCAGGUUAUGAGGUCAAAAUUGUCAAUGACAAAGGUGAAACUAAUAAUCGCGAAAUGUUGGGAGAAAUCCUUGUUAGAUCUUCUACGAUGAUGCAGUCUUACCGAGAUGCUCCAGAGCUGAAUGCAGCCUCUUUUGCUGACGGCAGAUGGUUCCGAACCGGUGACAUCGGAACUAUUACAAAGAAUGGGAAAUUAUUGGUGAAGGGGAAAUCAAAAGACAUCAUUAAGAGAGGGGGUUUAAAGGUUUUUACUAGCGUCGUGGAAGCAGCCAUGUCUAAGCUGUCGGACGUUAGGGAGGUUAUAGUAAUACCCGUACCGGACAGCAGGCUCUAUGAGGAAGUAUGCGCCUGCUAUAUAUUGGAGGAAAAUAAUCAUACAACGGAAAUUGAACUGGACAAGAAAUGUCGAGAUUUCCUAGGAGAUAAUGUGUUGGGUAGUACGCCUUCCUAUUAUCUCAGGUUCAACUCGUUUCCUAGACUCAAUAAUGGGAAAGCAGAUAAGGUUCUUGUUAAAACACAAGCCUUAAACAGACUAAAUUUGAUGUAA